GUCAAGAAUUUCUAAGACCGGAGAGGGAAACUAUCGGGUAAGGAGAAAGUGAAGUCGAAAAGUGCAAAUUUACCUAGUUGCUCCUUGGAUGCGUUUGUACUACGGGAGGGAAUUUCAACCAGCCGUUGGUGAUAUCUGCCGUUACACUAAGUCCGUGGUAGCCACAAUCGCGCUAGUGCUACGAUGAUGGCGGAACACAACUCAGCGAGGAGGGACGGUCCUCCCCCCCCAUCGGCGACAGGUGGCGCUAGUACUAGUGUAAGGGAGUCAGUGGAAAAAUGUUACACACUGGGGGUAUGUCCGAAGAAUGCUUUGCUGGGCGAAGUUGUAGAGGAUAGAGAAGGGAAGCGCUUUGUGGUCAACGAACAGGUCAACGCCGUUAAAGAAGCCUGGUUGAAGGAGCAUACAGUCAUCGUCACCUUCCAAGGCGAGGCGAGGCAGCUUUCUCGACAGGUGAAGGAAGAUUUAGUCCGGGCUUACGAAGAUGGGUGGGGUGUGAGCAAAUUGUUCGGCCCUGUUGUGGAGAGAGGAAGGGUGAAAUUUGAGGGUGCAAACGUGGUCUCGUACGUUGCCCAUUCAAAGGACAUUGCGUCUUGGUUACUCCGCCAACAGGAAUUAAAAAUCAAGCUCAAGGAAGGAGAAGAGUAUGUUAUGACCUUCAAACCGUGGCGCCCUCUUCAAGAGCUCAAGGAAAUUCGACUUCAGGAAGCUGAGACUAAAUUCUGGAUCAUGGCUCUGGGUGUCCCCUUGGAUGCUUACUUUUAUCUACAUAGUGCGGUACAAGGCGUCUUUGGAGAGGUUCUGCUGAUGCACGCGCCGGAACACGACAGCUCAAGACCUAAAUUGAUGAACAUUAAAUUCGACAUGGCGCUAGAGACAAGAGACAAGGUGGACGAUGUUUUAACAAUCCAAUCUCCUACGGGGGAGAGAUGGAAGGUCGAAAUUGCAUCUCCUUACACCGAUUGGUGUAGGAGAUGCAGAUGGUACUUUCAUUCGGAGGAAAACUGCCCGAGAGCCCGUCAAGGAGAGGGAGGGGCAGCCCCAGGCCGCAGAGCGGGUGGUCACAAAAUCCGUUUCUCUCAACACCAGCUGAGACAGGAAAGGCAAGUUCCAGCCCCUCAGGCUACGGCGGCAAGACCAGCGGUUAAUCAGCAGGGACCGGCCCCGUCCGGCACUCAGGCCCACGACCCGAGGUGGGCAGAUCAGAUGGCAAGCGACGAGGUGCAGCAACCGGACCGAGAACUCAGAGGGAGAGGAGAGUUAGUACGGAGUGGAGGGAUAGGACUUGGGGAAAGAGAUUUGAAUCAGGUGAGUUCGGCGUUGGGCGGAGGGUUGGAUGAGGCCGUCCUGAGGGAAACGCGAGGGCUUACAGGUUACUGUCACCCCAGUUAUGGCGGCGCAGCGAAUGCAAUGGGUUUUGAUGAUGGGUACCUGCAAGGGCGGGGCGUUGAGUGGAUACCUCCGGAUCACUUGGGUGACCACUAUGCUGGUCCUACCUGGCAGGACAGGAUGGAGUGGCAGGCUGGCACAUUGACAGGCGAGAGAGAGCACCCCCCAUUUGGGAACAUCCAGUGGCAGGAUGCCUGCUGGGGACUCGACUCGCAAGAUGUCCGCAGAAGCAGAAUGGAGCAGCAGAAUCAAGAUCUGUACGGGAUUCCCCCACCAGCCCCGCUGUAUCCCACUCCGAGGUACCAGUAUAACUGGAGGGAUCUAGUUCCACAAAGUAGGGACGCACAGUCAAGGGGAGCUGGCUCCUCGUGGCGGGUGGAUAGACCAGGCCCUUCUCGGUUGGGCAGGCGGAGUACGAGUAGUGAUUGGAGGGACCCGGCGAGAGCCGGUGGAGGUGAGAGUAGGGAAGGUUAUUGGAGGGCUCGGGGCAGGCAGGAAACUCAUGGUUUGGGGGGAGGCGCCGGACAAGAGCGAUGUGCUUCUCAUAGGGACACGCGACAAGAUAGUCAAGGCAGGCUGCAGGAGAACAGGGGGAACUUGAACCUGAUCCAAGAGGAAGCAGGCGGGAAAGAGAAGACGGCGAAGGACCUGUCAAGAUCUUCGACCUCUUCUCUCUCCAGGGUGAAAUGGGGGAGCGAAUGGUACAAUAAUGAGAGAAUCUCUGAACAUUCAGAGGGAGAACGAUCCUCUAUGCUGAGCUCGGCAGCCUCCAAAAAGACGGACAGAGAAGAGAUUAGAGAGGCCAACCCUGUGUCUCAAGCACAAGACCGAAGGGCUGACACGCUGCACAAAAGUCAAGCAGAGAAAGUUCAAAGAAGGCUGGUGCCUCUCCUAUGCACUAUGGCGAACGAUGGCGCCUACUUUCUGGCGCUGGCGCAACCAGAUGGUUCGCCGUUGCUACCUUCUGUUGAUGUGGAGCAGGCUCCGACCCCAUCCGUCAUCAUCAACUCAACCAAGGUGAUUUACGGGCAACAUGUCCCGAUUUGUCUGAUCCCUCGCUCUACGAUGGUGAGCUUGAUCGUCGAAUCGGGAGAUCGGUUUUAUAAGCUCUAUUUCCCUCUGCUGGAUGCGAGGGUCUCUUCUGAAUUAGCAGAUUCCCUCACCCAGGCAGGGGUCAGAUGGGAAGACUCAAGGGACUCGUUCCAGGAACCUGCGGAUUGGUUGGACAGUGGGUUGGCAAUUGCUUCAGGGGUUUUGGAUGUGUGCUCUCGCAUUCUGGCGAAAUCGAGGAAUGUAAAAGAAGCAUUAUGCAAGAGGAGGGUGGAAGAGGCAGAAGAGAGGAUGGAGGGACACCCCAUCUCAGCAAUGGUGUGGGCGGCGGAAAGAGAAAGGCGUCUGGACGAAUGGGAUAAGUUACAGCUGGAGAAACAGAAAAGGUGGUCAGACUUGCUAAAAGAAAAAGGAAUCGAGACAUACGAUCAGAUGACUCGGGAGACCUUCCAGAAGUUGCAGCCGCACCGGGCCUGCCAGCAGACGGUUGAACUGCGCCACCCCUUCGAUGAGUCGGCUCCAAACGCUUCCACAGCAUCGUGCAUGCUGCACUACACCAAGCUGUAUUACGAGGACAUUUUGACCUCGAGAAGACCACAGGAUGAUCCGACUGCCGACCUCUCCGGGGAAUCAGACAUGUGGGAGGACACAUCUGUAAAGCUGACCGAAUCUGCGAAACUAGAUCUGGACCGGCCGUCGGAAGAUAUGAAUACUGCGGUGCUGCUGCUCGAUUUGGAGAAGACCUACGAUAAGGUAGGCUGGCCGUUUGUUUUCACAACCCUGAAGAAAAUGGGGUUUGGCUCAUCCUUCUGCAAAUGGGCGGUAGCGAUGUACACGUAUUCGACUUCCUCUGUAAUGAUUAAUGGUCACAUAUCCUCCUCCUUCAAGCUUUCUCGUUCGCUGAGGCAGGGCUGUCCCCUGGCCCCGCUCCUUUUCGUUUUGCAGAUGGAGGUCGUUUUGAACAGAAUCCGUCGGAACCCCAUGAUUCAAGGUCUGCGCCUGCACAGCGGCACCCAAUGCAAAGUUAAGGCUCUUGCAGAUGAUCUCUUCGUCAUCAGCAAGAACUCGAGGGAAUCCUUGGGCGCUCUUAAGGGCGUACUCGCAGAGUACUCAACCCUCGCGGAAGCGACCGUCAACUGGAGCAAGUCGGUGUAUCUGCUGCCAAUGCAGUUCGAACUUGCUGUGCAUUGGGGAAUGAAGAGAGUCAAAGAGGGAGAGGAAGAGAGGUUCUUGGGAGUGUUGGUUAGUUUACAGGUGGGGGUAUCUGCACAGGGACUGCUGCUGCAGCAACGAGUGACAGCGAGACUCCGAAUGUGGGGACUGGUCUGGCAUCUGUCGGUAAUUGGCCAGGCACUGGUAGCGAAUGUGGCCCUGUUCUCCAUCAUGUGGUUCGUCACGUCCGUCAGGAAGAUUUCCGAGAGCGUCUGGAGAGUCAUAAAAGGUCUGGUGGCACGUUUCAUUUGGAAGCCAAGAGCCAAAGAGGGAGAAGGCUGUCUGGUCAAAGUGGCCUGGGAUCUGCUUACCUUUCCUCGCGAUGAAGGGGGUCUGAACCUGGUAGACCCAGCGAAGAGGAACCAAGCCCAACUCAGUAUGUGGUUGCAUAAGGUGGCCAAUGCCCAGACGAAGGAGCACUGGAUAGAGCUGGCGGAACAAAUUCUAAUGAAAGAGUGGAAGCUGAGCCGCCCACAGGAUGCCUGGUGCUGUUUCUUUAUCCCGUCUUUCUGCCGAAAAAAGGUAAAAUCACGCUUUUGGAAAGAAGUGAUACGGGCUUGGAACAGUCUGCCACCGGAGGGCCGCUCCGAACCAGCGACUAAGGAGGAAAUUCAAGCUCAGCUGCUGUUUGAAAAUCCCCGAAUUGUCAAGGCGGACGGCGAUUGGUUUAAGGCGGACGACUCUACGGGCUCCUUCGGUGCAGCCUGGGUCCGUAAAGGCUUGGUCACCAUUGGGGACCUGUGGAAUUCACUGCUGGGAACCUGGAGAACAGUCCCUGAACUAUUGGAGUCCUUGCACCCCCUGAGAAAUGUGGAAGCACACAGGAAUCAACUGUUAGAAGCAAUCCCCGAAGAGUGGCGUCAUUUGCUGGGACCAGAGGGAGUCGACCCAGUUGGUACUUGGUAUGUCUCAGCGAACGAAGGGACAGUGGAGGUCUGGAAAGUGCUGGAGAUCCUAUCAAGUGGAUUUCGCAGAGUUCAGUGUUGGUCCGAUCAUCAUCACUCAAGUGAACUUCGUCUGUUGGAGGAGAAGGUUGUCAGAUCCUGGGACAACCCGCCCCAGGCAAGAGUGGUGGAAACGGGAGGUUCUUCGGAGCAUAGGAAGAAAUGGGUGUGGGUGGGGCAGACUCCUCUUCGGAAGCUGUGUGUUGAUCCCGAGGCGUGGUACUGGCAUUCGGGAGAAGCCCCUCGGCCGCAUCUCCGACUGUCUGAGUACUCAGUUGCGAUGGGCUACAAGUUGAGACUAAGAAGGAGCAACAAGCCCUCUCCUACAGACGUGGCUAUAAGAAGGUGGCAGGCCAUAACUACCGAAGACCUGUCAGGGGCAGGGCAGUCAUUCCGGAAUCUCUGGGACACACUGUCUAAACUUCCCAACGGUAAGCAAGUGUCUAUUUUAUGGAUGAUGUCCAUCCUGGUGACGCCCUCGGCGGUUUGGCUCACCAGUAGAGGGUUGCAAGUUGAACUCAAGUGUCCGCGAUGCUCUUGGCCUUUCGAAUCUACCCGACACCUGUGGUGGGAAUGCCCUGCUUCCCGCAGGAUUUGGAAAUGGUGGGAGUGGCACUGGGCUCGGUUUGGUGACCCGAGAGUUUGUUGGGAUGAGAAGUGGGUUCUGUUUGGUUUCCUAGAAACGGGGAUGGGGAUAUGUUGCCCAGGUGGUGAGGGGCCUGCUCUGCGAGACCAUUUGGAGAGACAGGAAUAGAGCGAGAUUUGAAGGCAGACCCUUUUCGGAUCUGGAAACCAAAAGUA